AGUGUCAUUCCUCCUGUGUGCCCUGAGUAUGGACGUACAUCGCAAUGGCACCCAAGAAGAAGGAAGAGCCCAAAGAAGCACCCAAACCCAAGGCCCCAGAGCCUGAGCCAGUCAAGAUCCCGGAGUUUAACCCCACAGAACUUGAAUUCACUCCUGAGCAGAUUGAGGAUUUCAAGGAUGCUUUCCAGCUGUUUGACAGGACACCACUCAAUGAGAUGAAAAUCACAUACGGACAGUGUGGCGAUGUGAUCAGGGCACUGGGGCAGAACCCUACCAACGCUGAAAUCACAUACGUCCUUGGAAAGCCCAAGGCUGAGGAGAUGGCGACAAAGAUGCUGGACUUCGACAGCUUCCUGCCAAACCACCAACACAUCUGCAAAGCCAAGGACCGCGGCACAUAUGAGGAUUUUGUUGAGGGUCUGAGGGUAUUCGACAAACUGGGCGAUGGCACAGUCAUGGGUGCUGAGCUCAGGCACGUCCUGGCUUCACUAGGUGAGAAGAUGAAGGAGGAUGAGGUUGAGCAGCUCAUGACAAACCAGGAGGACGCCAACGGCUGUAUAAACUACGAAGGUUAAGAAAUGAUACCCUCUUCUUGCUAUCGUUGACUAAACAUUCCAAAACAUCACUUUUAAAUCAAUCAAGAUUUCUGUAUGUAACUCCCUCGUCUAUUUCUCCUCUCAGAUUUUGUAAAACACGUCAUGGCAUCUUAAAAAGGCUGCCAAGACACCCAAUAGUUGAAGACAGGUGAUUGUUCAUCUGUUAAUGGAAUGUCCACACCAUGUCCCUGAUCCCAUGUGCUCAUCCCUAUGUGCCCAAUUGGAUUACAAUUCCAUCAGGUGACGGGACCAAUUAACUUAAACGAAUUGUUCAUUGUUUUCAUUUGCUCCCCAUCUUGUUCACUCAAAUAACAAAUGUGAUUGUACUAUUCA